CACGGCAGGUCCUUCAGCUGACUAGCAGCUUGCUUCCGGCUUCCGGUGUCAGUGAUGGCGGCUCCGGUGACUCUGCUCUCUGUCUCCAGAUGGAUCCUACUUAUUUUGCCGCUCCUGGCGCUGUGCGGGGCGGACACCGAGGUGCUGAGCUCCGGCACAGAGAAGUUUAGGGUGGAGGGACGGGCGGUGGUCCCCGGGGUGCGGCCUCAGGACUGGGUGAGCGGAGCCCGGGUGCUGGUGGACGGAGAGGAGCACGUCGGCUUCCUGAGGACUGAUGGCAGCUUUGUGGUCCAUGAUGUACCUUCCGGCUCCUACGUUGUAGAAGUCGUAUCUCCAGCUUACCGUUUUGAACCCGCCCGUGUGGACAUCACGUCCAAGGGGAAAAUGAGGGCAAGAUAUGUAAAUCACAUAAAAACCACAGAAGUCCUCCGCCUGCCUUAUCCUCUCCAGAUGAAGUCGUCGGGGCCCCCUUCCUAUUUCAUUAAACGGGAGACCUGGGGAUGGACGGACUUUCUCAUGAACCCCAUGGUGAUGAUGAUGGUCCUACCGCUGCUGAUCUUUGUGCUGCUUCCUAAGGUUGUGAACACUAGUGACCCAGAAAUGAGGCGGGAAAUGGAGCAAUCCAUGAACAUGUUGAACUCCAACCCUGAGCUGCCGGAUGUUUCUGAAUUCAUGACCCGGCUUUUUACAUCAAAAUCCUCCACCAAGUCCAGCAGUGGCAGCAAAUCGGGGAAGAGCGUUGGGAAGAGGAGGUAGUGGUACGUGAGGCCCAUAGAUAACAAGAAUGGAAAUCUCCUCACUGAACCCAUCCACCCACUCGGAUAUAUUGUUGAUCAUACAGAUUUUGCCUUGGUUUCUUCCUAGGAAGCUGGACUGUUGUUUUGUGCUUUUGUUUUGUUUGGGGCCCAGCAGGGAUAAUACAUUAAAAAACUGCAACUGUUCAAAGGCUAAAUGUAUACGGAUCGAUAGAUCUGUAGAUUUGUCUUUAUAUACCUAUCAGCGUGUAAUCCCCUGCCUGGGUACAACUUGAGCAUUGGAAGGGUCUCCAUUUACACUGAUGGUGGCAGCAGAAUUCUCAUAAACACUUGUAUUUUUGGCUUGUUUGUGUCAUUUGUAUCUUAAUAUUGCACAAAACAGAAUCUGUAUAUGUGGCUGGAAACAGCAUUUUCUUAGCCUUCGUCCUUAUAGUACUUUGUUUAGUAAGUGUAUUUAUGCUGUUAGUCAAUGGUUGCAUAGAAUUAGAUAAAUCUGGCUGCUUUCUUGAAACGGCGCCAUUCUUUACCGUAGGCUGCGUCUGAUACUGCGACACGAUCCCAGUUACUUCAGCAAUAAUUAACUUAUCCCCAUGCGCUCCAUUGAUAUCUAUAGGAGCGCCGAAAAGAUCCGAGUACAGCACUUGGGCAUCAUCUGCGCUCCAAUAGAAAUGAAUAAGGAAGGGGGGGGAGGGGUAGUGUACGGCCACACGCUCCUCACCUAGAGACCUGGAGUCCUGUCCCAGCAGUCCGACCCCCCGCGAUCAGCUACCCGUGUUUUUCGCCAUAUAAGACGCACUUUUUCUUCCCCAAAACUGGGGGGAAAAAGUCGCUGCGUCUUAUAUGGGGAAUACACCCCCUAUCGCGGCGGUCCCUGCGGCCAUCAACGGCCGGGACCCGCAGCUAAUACAGGACAUUACUGAUCGCGGUGAUGCCCUGUAUUAACCCUUCAGACGCGGCGAUCAAAGCUGACCUCCGCGUCUGAAGGGAAAGUGACACUAACCCAGCUGUUCAGUCGGGCUGUUCGGGACCGCCGCGAUUUCACCGCGGCGGUCCCGAACAGCCCCACUGAAUAGCCGGGUUAGUGCUUACAGGACACCGGGAGGGACCUUACCUGCCUCUUCGGUGUCUUCUCCGUUCAGGGAUCCCCUGUAUGGCCGGCGCUCUCCUUCCUCGUCGUCGCGUACGUGCAUCGGCGUGUGUAACGACGUGAUGACGGCGACGGAGAGCGAGGAUACCCCUCCGGCAGCAGAGCGACGGGGACACGGCGACAGCGAUGGAGCGACAUCCAGGGCAGCGGUGAUGGGUCCGGAGCGGCGGGGACGCGUGAGUAUUACCUCAUAUGCAGUGAUCUUCAAUCUGCGGACCUCCAGAUGUUGCAAAACUACAACUCCCAGCAUGCCCGGACAGCCAACGGCUGUCCGGGCAUGCUGGGAGUUGUAGUUUUGCAACAUCUGGAGGUCCGCAGGUUGAAGACCACUAUUGGGUUCAAAAUCUUAAAUUUUUUAGAUUUUGCACCUAAUUUUGCACCUAAUACGUCUUAUACGCCGGUGCAUCCUAUAGGGCGAAAAAUACGGUACUUGUCUCCUAUCCUGUGGAGAAAUUUUACUGGAGUUCUCCUUUAAAGGGGUUGUCCAGGAUUAGAAACACAGAACUGAUUUCUUUAAAAAAAAAAAAAAAUAAAUAAAAAAAGCACCACACCUGUCCUCAGGUUUUGUGUGGUAUUGCAGCUCAGUUCCAUUGAAGUGAAUGGAGCCAAGCUGUAAUACCGCACAUAACCUGAGGACAGGUGUGACGCUGUUUUUGGAAGAAAUUAGCUCUGGUUUUUUUGUUUUGUUUUUCUAUUGCUGGACAAACCCAUAAAGGUGAUUUCACACUUUAGCCAUGUACUUCUGUAUCGGAAAUUCAAGGCCGCCCUUGGACUUCUUUCUACCUUGGAUGUGUAUGAGGCUUAUGCUGGGUUCACACCACGUUUUUGCAAUACACUUCCCGUAUAAGUUUUCUAUGUGAAAACCGUACGGAACCGUAUUGAAAACCGUAUGCAUUGACUCUCCGUUGAAAACUGUAUGCUAAAAGAUGCAUCAGGUUGUGUCUGUUUUGCAUCCUGUACAGUUUUGUCAGUUUUUUUACCCGUACCCAACACCAUAGUCUACCACGUUUUUUGGUCCGGAUGAAAAACUGUAUUAAACCGUAUAUGUAUUUUUUUGUUAACAUGGGAGUCAAUGGGAACCGUACAGAACGGUAUGUGUGUACGUUUCCAUCCGGUUUUUGACUUUGCCCAGUUUUUUUUUUUUUUUCUUGGAAUUUCAAUCAAACAAGUGAAACUUUAUUCAAAAUGGAGUGAAAAUGUAAAAACGUAUACGUUUUUUUUCUUACAAAACGGAUGCAACCGGACACCAUUUUGCAAACCGUAUACGGUUUUUAACUGUAUACGGGUGGAAAUUUGUACACACGUUUUGAUACAGUUUAGUCCGGUUUUGAGGAAUCCGUUUUUCAUCAAAAACCUGAUACGGGAACUGUAUUGCAAAAACGUGGUGUGAAUGCACCCUAAGGCUAGGGUCACACCACGUUUUUCAAAUACGGUUACCGUAUAAAGUUUUCCGCUAAAAAAUGUAUGGCAAAAACCGCAUACAACCGUAUGACUCCAAACUAAAACGUAUACGGUUUUUCCCCGUACGGUUCUGUCCGUUUGCCUCAGUUUUUGCCUCAGUUUUUGCCAUCGGUUUUGCUAUUUUGUUGGAAUUUGAUUUCCAGCAAUUUAAUAAAGUUACUAUUGUUCUAUUGAAAUUCCUUCUGCGCAUGUGUCAACUCCAAAAACGGAUUAGAAAAACCGUGUGCAACCGUAUUCUGAAAUUCUGUGUACGGUUCUCAUAGACAACAAUGUUAAAAGAACCGCAUACGGUUUUCCAACCGGAGGCAAAAACGUGGUCGACAGCGUUUUUGCCUACGGUUGAAAAAUCGGCAAAACCGUAUCCGAGGCAAAACGGAUGCAACCGUACACAACAUUUGGAAUACGGUUUACAAUACAUUCUCUACGCAUAUGGUUUCGGAUACGGUCGUAUACAUUUUUUUUUUUUUUUUUGCGGAAAACCGUAUAUGGUUACCGUAUUUGGAAAAACGUGGUGUGAACCCAGCCUUAGCCCCAUUGUCUUCAGUGGGGCUUGCCUUUGGGUUUUCUGCACAGAAUCUGCAACUUUAUUGCCACUGAUUUUAAAAUUUGCGU